ACCAGCACGCCGACAUAUUUGGGAGAACAAGAUAAAAAAAAUACAAGUAAACAUCAGGAAUCUACAGGGUUUCAGGUGGGAGAGCAGAAAGUGUUUAAAGUGACGUCACGUCAGCCACGUGAGAGGCGAUGCGCAGCUGUUUGUAAACUAGAAACUAAAUCUGUGCAAUAAAUAUGACUGAUAUGAUUAAGACGCUUUUUAAAGCAUUUGUAGUGAGAUGGAAGUCCUACAGGCACAGAUUUGUCCCCUGGAUAGCCUUAAACCUGCAGAAAAACCAGAGAACUCUUCGUCGGGUGAAAGGUCGCUCACAGGACAAAUUAAUCCAGGACGAGCAGGUGUUUGCGUCCCUCGUGGGUUUCUUCAUUGAUCUCUUGAGAAAUGACCUGCAAAGUCAACGUGAACUGCUACGGCUGCUUCCUGCGCGCUCACGGGUCUACAGCAGCGACGAGCACGAGGAGUGUCGUGACUCUCGCGCAGUAAUGAUGAAGACUUCUGGCUUCAGUGUCGAGAGGAAGCGCAGUUCACUGCAGGGCGCGGGGACCGGUGUGUUUGUGACCGGUGGACACGUGCGGAAGGGAAACAUUGUCGCAAUGUAUCCAGGCACAAUAUAUCAAGCAGAUGAGCCCAUCUUUUUUCAGUCAAUCAAAAAUCCAUUUAUUUUUAGAUGCAUUGAUGGUAUUUUAAUUGAUGGAAAUGACAAGGCUAUAUCCAAAGCAGUGUAUCGAUCCUGCAGUGGACGAGAUAGGGUCGGUCCUUUUCAUCUAAGUGACUGUUCCUGGUUGACCUCUCACCCUUUGAACCCUCUCGCCGUAGGACAGUAUGUGAACAACUGCUCAAAUGAAAGAGAGGCGAAUGUGUGCUAUCAAGAGUUUGAUGUGCCGAAUGAUUUUCCUCUUGAGCUUCGUCAGUAUCUGCCAAAUAAUAACUAUAAAUCUGAUACACAAAGACCUUUGCGUACUGUGGUUCUUGUGUCAGUGAGAGAUAUCAGAAGAGGUGAAGAAUUGCUCUCCAACUACUACACAAUUGUGCAUUGAAUAAAGUUUUGUAAUCUAUUGCAUAGUUGUUUGUGAGUUGUGAUCAACAAAUAUAAUGUAUAUAAUAAAUACAUAUAUAUAUUUUAUUUAUUAAAGGUUUUUGUAUAGCAAA